AUGGCGAGGCCGGAUAGUGAGGAGGAGGCAGCAGAGGAUCCGGGGCACCCGCACGCGAACGGAUACCUCUCGGUCCUGGGGGACGGGCACUUCCAGGAGGUGAUCACGGAGGCGCAGAACGGGCCCAAAGCUGACUCCUUGGCCCUGAACGGGGGACCUCUGAACAGCUCCGGAGCCUCUUCUGAGGCCCUGGACGGACUGCAGACCCCGCUGGCCACGGAGGAGGAGACCCAGACUCGGCUGCUGCCCACGGGACCGGGUGACACCACCCCAGAGGCUGAGGAUCCUCUUGUGCCUCGGAUAGCGCUUUCCGCGCGACGCUUCUUGGUGCUCCUGAUUUUCAGCUUGUACUCAUUGGUGAACGCCUUUCAGUGGAUUCAGUACAGCAUCAUCACAAACGUCUUUGAGGGCUUCUACGGAGUCUCUUCGCUGCACAUCGACUGGCUGUCUAUGGUGUACAUGCUGGCCUACGUGCCCCUCAUAUUCCCGGCUACCUGGCUGCUGAACACCAGAGGCCUGCGGCUCACCGCACUACUAGGCUCGGGCCUCAACUGCCUGGGCGCCUGGGUCAAGUGCGGCAGCGUGCAGCCGCAUCUCUUCUGGGUCACUAUGUUGGGCCAGAGCCUGUGCUCUGUGGCCCAGGUGUUCAUCCUGGGCUUGCCCUCCCGCAUCGCUUCUGUGUGGUUUGGGCCCAAGGAGGUGUCCACAGCUUGUGCCACCGCUGUGCUGGGCAAUCAGCUUGGAACUGCAGUUGGCUUUUUACUACCACCAGUUUUAGUGCCCAACACACAGAAUAACACAAGUCUUCUGGCUUGCAAUAUCAGCACCAUGUUUUAUGGCACAGCAUCUGUCUCCACGCUUUUAUUCAUUUUAACAAUAAUUGCAUUCAAAGAGAAACCUAAGUAUCCACCGAGUCAGGCUCAAGCAGCUCUCCAAGAUAGUCCCCUUGAAGAGUACUCCUAUAAGAAAUCAAUAAGGAACCUGUUUAAAAACAUCCCUUUUGUCCUUCUGUUGAUCACUUAUGGUAUCAUGACUGGGGCAUUCUAUUCAGUCUCAACACUAUUAAAUCAAAUGAUACUGAAAUGUUAUGAGGGAGAAGAAGUGAAUGCUGGAAGGAUUGGGCUAACACUGGUAGUAGCUGGAAUGGUGGGCUCCAUUCUUUGUGGCCUGUGGCUGGAUUAUACCAAAACAUACAAACAGACUACUCUGUUAGUAUACAUUUUGUCUUUUGUUGGAAUGGUUAUAUUUACUGCUACGCUGGACCUUGGAUACCUCAUCAUUGUGUUUAUCACUGGAGGAGUACUUGGUUUCUUCAUGACUGGUUACCUUCCCUUGGGUUUUGAAUUUGCUGUUGAAAUCACUUAUCCUGAAUCUGAAGGUACUUCAUCUGGUCUUCUUAAUGCUGCUGCUCAGAUAUUUGGAAUUUUGUUCACAUUGGCUCAAGGAAAACUCAUAUCAGACUAUCGGUCUUUGGCAGGGAACAUUUUCCUCUGUGCCUGGAUGUUUGUAGGCAUCAUUUUAACAGCAUUAAUCAAAUCUGAUCUGAGAAGACACAAUAUAAAUAUAGGAAUUACAAAUGACAUUAAAGCUGUCCCUGUUGACAGUCCCACAGAUCAAGAGCCAACAACUGUUAUGUUGCCCAAGCAGUCAGAAUCAGCAAUGUGA